CCUGUGUUUGCAUUCAAGUCUUAAAAAUUAAUUUUUGACGUCAAUUUUUUGCUAAAAUUAAGUUUUUUUGUAAUUUUAAGGACAAAAUCUUCCAUGGCGGAUACUUUGAGACAGCGGAAGGUUCAACAGGAGCCCGAAAAAACCACAAAUAGUGCAAUAGAAGCGGUAAAAAAGCUCGAUGCAUUCCCCAAGAUUGCCGAAGAUUACGUGGAAUACACGACAGUUGGUGGUGGCAUCUCCAUUCUCAGUCGCAUCAUCAUUCUCAUCCUAAUUUACACCGAAACGCGAUAUUAUCUCGAGAAAAAGUUGCUUUUCAAGUUCGAACCGGACACGGACUACCUCUCAAAGCUCAAAAUUAACAUAGAUCUGACGGUGGCGAUGCCUUGCAAGUCCAUCGGCGCCGAUAUUUUGGACUCUACGAACCAGAAUGUCUUCUCGUUUGGCAUUUUGGAGGAAGAAGAUACCUGGUUCGAGUUGUGUCCGAACCAACAAAUGUACUUUGACUACAUCCAGCAUCUCAAUAGUUACCUGCGGGAGGAAUAUCACUCCAUUGCUGACGUUUUGUACAAAGGCGAGCAACAAGAAACGAUUUACACGAUGCCAAAACGCACCCGAGUGCCUGACAAGCCAUUCGAUGCGUGUCGCGUUCAUGGCUCGCUAACGCUCAACAAGGUUUCCGGGAAUUUUCACAUCACCGCCGGACGAAGUUUGCACUUCCCGAAUGGGCAUAUUCAUUUAAAUUUGGUUUUCGACUCUCCGGCGCUGUCGAAUUUCUCGCAUCGGAUUCAUAGGUUCUCGUUUGGAACGCAUACCUCGGGAAUUGUUCAUCCGCUGGAAGGAGAGGAAAAAAUCUUGACUGAUCCGUCGACGAUGAUGCAAUAUUACCUGGAAGUCGUACCAACGGAUAUUCAAUCGACUUUUAGCAAAGUCCAGACAUUCCAGUAUUCCGUGAAGGAAAAUGCGCGUGUGGUUGACCAUUAUGGCGGAUCGCAUGGCAUCCCGGGACUUUAUUUUAAAUACGAUAUGUCAGCGCUGAAGGUCAUUGUUCACUUGGAUCGCGAUAAUUUGGUGCAAUUUAGUGUGAGAUUGUGUUCGAUCAUCGCGGGAAUUGUCGUAAUUUCGGGUUUAGUCAACAGUUUUAUUCAAUUUACGUUCCGGAAAUUCCUAAAAACGAUUUCGCCGCAACUGGUACAACACAUCCAAGACGCACAAAGACACAAUUUGAAAGUUAAUCCCGUCCCACAGCCAAGUAUGAAGCCUCAAAGCAAUCUCCUGAUCGAUGUCGGCAAUGCAGCUAUGAAAUCUCCGCUACUGCAAUAAAUUUUUAAAUAAUUUUAUUAAGAUUUUAAGAAAAAAAAAACGUAAAAAAUUGAUUUUUAUUUCU